AAAUCCGAGGAAAGGCCAUAUUUCAUUCGGAUAAUUCGGUUAAGGCAGGCGGCAUCCGUGCAGGAGACCGCCUCGUGUCCUGUUUCUAAAGAUCCGAGCGCGUCCGGGGGAGUCGAUCCUAUCUGCCCUCAUCGAUCAAUAACAAGCUCGUUAAUCGUCUGGGCGGAUACAGCGAGUUAAUAUUAAACAGGCGCUGGGCAGGAACCCUGUGACCAAUUCACUGCAGCAGGCCUGACGGGCGCUGUGCGCUCGUACACGAGUUAUUACGGGACGACGCGAAGUCGCCCUCCGCCGGGGCUCCGUGCAUGUUCAAAUGUGAACACUUGGAAGUGCAGCCUGCAUGCAAAAAAGUUUCCAGAAAGAUGUCAAGUAAUGGUACAGGGCUCAUAAGUUCCAUUUCCGGGAAAACUUCAAAAUAAAACCCAACUCCGUCAAACGAGGAGUGAGAGGCGGCUCGUUAAAUGGAUCAGGAGGGCGAAAGUUGUGCAUGCAAACGAUUGUAGGAGAGUAAUUCUAAUUCAUUAAGUGUAACUCCGACAUCAGAUACAUGUCAUUAGAUACAUUUCACCCUCUGCAAGUGAAAUAUGACAUAUAACAUUUUGGAGGAUUGGGAUCUGAGAGUUUGGAUCCUGAUAUCUCGACCGCCACCAGCAUGGAAGAGGUGGGGUUGCUGACCUGAAAUAUAACAAGUGAAAACUUGCGUCCAUAGAUAUUAGUUUGCAGUCAUGUUGUCUGCUGUGAAUCUCUACAAAGGCGCUUAAAAAGUGGCCUUUUCUGUUUUUCUUGUUCUGCUGCAUGAAAAAGACCUUAAGUCUCAAACAUCCACACUAAGGAAGACAUAAAAAAUAAUAAUGCGUGUCCGACAUGUUAUCUGCAGAAACAAAAGUAUAACUACCACAUUAAAAUCAUUUAAACGCCACAGAUUCCUUCUCUGUCAUUACAAAUUCCUUUAUAUAUAAACAUACAAAUAGUUUUCAUUUCACAAAUUCAAACAUUCAACUGAAGGAUCGAGAAGACAAACACUUUGGGCCGCAGAGGAACUUGAAGAGGCUCUGAUGGAACAAAUCCGUAACGUUAUUCACACACACACACACACACACACACACACACACACUUCCUUUAGGUAGUUCAUUAUGUGGUUAUUCUGCCAGCAGAUGGCGACUUCACCCUUUUCUCCCCUCCAGUUCCCGCUGGAGUAAAACUGCUCAGUUUACCCUCAUAUGUGUCGCUGCAGAAGCGGCAAAGUGAAGCUUUAAGCGAGAGAACAAAAGAGAGACGAGGGCGUUUAUGUGACGUAAUAAACGCACAGUAAUGUGAACUCCCUCACAGGUGUCCUCAGUUCCUCUCUCCGACAGGGUGAAUCUGUGCUCACAUCAUGAAGAUAAGCGGACGACAUGAGGAGGUUUCCACGCCGCCUGACAGCAGGUUUAAUCAGUUAACGAGUGGAAACGCGGUGGCUGCUUUAGUGACACUGAAAGUCUCUACAGCUUCGGUGGGAAGUCAUCCCUCAACUUCUGUCCUCUCCUACCACAGCGCCAAAAAAGACAAGCGCUGGAAGUAUGCUUUUAUUUUGCGGAUCCAUUAGCGUGUUUUCCGGUGGAGCAGUUCCUGUCGUCGGCUUGACGCAGCUGUGACUGGGAGGCCCCGCCCACUUUGAUUACGUCCCAACAGGGGUUGCGGGAGGGGGGGCGCGCUCAUGUCCUCUCCGGUGCGCUCAGCCAACCCCUGCUGUUGUAAUGUAAAGCUGGCAGUCUCCUGGUGAACCGCUGCGAGGAGUCCGCUGAGAAGGACCCGCUUCGCACACGUCGCUGCCUCCGACGUGAAUAUUUCCUGCAUCGGGGAGACUCCGCAGCCAAAUCACGCAUGGAAUGGUUUUGGGGGGAUUGGAGUAGAAAUGCAGCGCCGCGCUUCCAGCCCACAACAAGAACCAUGCCCAGCUUACACUGCAAGCAAAUCUAUGACAUCCUGUUUUAUCCCCGACGACUUUGAUAUGAGUGAAAUUUGCUCGGAUACCGACGAGGAGUGAAGGAAAGAAAAAGCCCACACAGCACAUACAAAGCUGAAGGACGCUGCUGCCGCUGCAGACGCGUGUGCACCGAAAACCUCUGCGUUUAGGAUUUUUUCUUCUUCUUCUUCUUCUUCUUCUUCUUUUUGAUGGAGCUGGAGAACAUAGUAGCCAACACUGUACUGCUAAAAGCGAGAGAGGGUGGAGGAGGAAAGCGGAAAGGGAGGAGCAAAAAAUGGAAGGAGAUCCUUCGCUUCCCGCAUAUAAGCCAGUGCACUGAGCUGGGAAACAGCAUUGAGAGGGACUAUGUCAGCCUCUGUGAGAAACAGCCAAUCGGGCGGCUCCUCUUCCGUCUUUACUGUGAGACCAAGUUAAAACUGCAUCGAUGCAUCCAGCUGCUGGACGCAAUGGAAGACUACGAGGUGACGCCUGAUGAGAAAAGAAAAAGCCGAGGGGACAAAAUCAUCAAGACUUUUCUCUCCAAACAAUCCCCCCAGCGUGUGGACAUAGCGGAGGUGUUCGCAGACCAGUGCAGAGAGAACCUCGAGCUCAGUCCAUGUAAGGAGCUCUUCAGCAACUGCCGCAAGGCUGUCCACGAGUACCUGAGUGGAGCUCCGUUCGCCGACUACCAGAACAGCAUGUACUUUGACCGCUUCCUGCAGUGGAAGAUGCUGGAGAGGCAACCAGUCACGAAAGACACGUUCAGACAGUACCGAGUGCUGGGGAAGGGGGGUUUCGGGGAGGUGUGUGCCUGCCAGGUUAGAGCUACGGGGAAGAUGUACGCCUGCAAGAAGCUGGAGAAGAAGCGGAUAAAGAAGAGGAAAGGGGAGUCCAUGGCUCUCAACGAGAAGCAGAUUUUAGAGAAAGUCAACAGCAGAUUUGUUGUGAGCUUAGCGUAUGCAUACGAGACCAAAGACGCUCUGUGUCUGGUGCUGACCAUCAUGAACGGCGGAGACCUGAAGUUUCACAUCUACAACAUGGGCACGCCGGGCUUCGAGAAAGACAGGGUCCAGUUCUACGCUGCUCAGAUCUGCUGUGGGCUCGACCAUUUGCACAGAGAGUCCAUCGUCUACAGGGAUUUGAAACCAGAGAAUAUCCUAUUAGAUGACAACGGUCACAUCCGUGUUUCUGACCUGGGGCUGGCCAUCAAAGUGCCUGAAGGAGAACUCAUCAGAGGCAGGGUGGGCACUGUGGGCUACAUGGCUCCGGAGGUGAUCAACAACGAAAAGUACAGCAUGAGCCCGGACUGGUGGGGGCUGGGCUGUCUCAUUUACGAGAUGACCGCCGGGCGAUCGCCGUUUCGCGCCCGCAAAGAACGAGUGAAGCGGGAGGAGGUGGAGAGGAGGGUGCAGGAGGAAGAGGAGGAGUACAACGACAAGUUUACAGAGGACACUAAGGCCAUCUGUAGAAUGCUGCUGACCAAAGACCCUAAGCAGAGGCUGGGGUGCCUGGCGGACGGAGCAGCGGGCGUCAAGGCCCACUCGUUCUUCAAACACAUCAACUUCAAGAGGCUGGAGGCUGGAAUAGUGGAGCCUCCCUUUGUGCCUGAUCCUCGGGCAGUGUACUGUAAGGAUGUUUUGGACAUUGAGCAGUUCUCCACAGUCAAGGGAGUAAAUUUGGACCAAACUGACAAUGACUUCUACUCCAAAUUUGCUACAGGCAGUGUUUCCAUCCCAUGGCAGAAUGAGAUGAUUGAAACUGAGUGCUUCAGAGAUUUGAAUGUGUUCGGGCCUCAAGGGACGAGACCUCCAGAUCUGGACUGGAAUCAGCCACCAGAGCCACCCAGACGCAGCCUGCUGGACAGGAUCUUCAGGAGGCACCACCCAGAGGUGUCCAUCUCCCACAGCCGUGUGCAGUCUUCCAGUGUAAACUCUGUGGACUCCAUGUCCAACUCUGCCCCCUAGUGGCACAGUGGCAGUGUGGGAGCCACACACAGACACACACACACACAUACACACACACACAGACACACACACACAAAGGGAAGGAGCUCCGAGGGGCUUUCCCGCUGCUGAUUGGUCCACAGCCGGGGCCUGAGCAGCAGCCGGAGACAGCCUGUCUAAAACGCCUAAAUGGUCAGCCCGUCGGGGGAGGGUGGGGGUGUUGACCAGGCCCUGAGACCCCAGGCAUUUGUAAUGGGAUGGUCAAUGUUGCAGAGACGUUUGGAAAUAUUCUGACAAACCUUACUUACCCUCAGGAUUGUUGGACUGUAGAGCGGAGCCACUGACGCUGAUGAAAGAAAUGGAUAGAAAACAAGUUAAUAUUCAGGGGAUCCACUGUAUAAUAAAGACCACCGCAGGGAAUAGAAGAUGGGGUCUUGGUGAAUUUUUCCAGGAAAGGAAUUUCUCUUUUUCACUCAUUUUCAGUCCUUUGCUUUCUGGCCUGUGUCUCGUACCCGUAUGUCACCAUCUGUCCAACUCCAAGUGUCGCCACCUGUACAGUUCUAACUUAUUCUUCCUCCGUGUUUCCGCCUCCCGUACCUCGGAUCACUCCUGAAACAUCCGGAACACAUCACCUCAACAACCUCAGCACACGAUGUACAUUGCCUUGCAUACACUCAGGCCAAAGAUUACAGUUUAGUUUUGUGAUACCGUUUGUCACGUUGAUUUGUCGAAGGUUUUCGGCCGUCGUUUAGACCCGCGAGAGGUUCAGAGCGCGUGAUCCGUUUUUCUACACUUUUUCUCUAAAUAUGAGCCUGCAGACAUAUCAUAUCGCUUGAAGCACAUGUACGUACAAGAUAGACAUACACAGACAGAAUUGUGAGAAUCGUGUUGUGUUUUCAUUGCAUGGACAAGUGUAAGUAUGGACAGCUGUAUCCCUUUUGCUUCUGCAUACCUCAUUCCAUAGUAUACCGUACAACACGCAGACGUCUCCCUCGGUUUACAGUGUCACUUUAUAUUUGACAUUACGUGGAGCUUGAAUUAAUAUGCUGUACAGAAACGGAAAGAUCUUCUUUUGGUCUUUUUUUUUUUUUUUUUUUUUUUUUUGCUCGAUUUUGCGCACAGGAGUGGAGAGGAACACAUGCACUCAGCCCGACGUACAAGUGGCACAAUUUAAAAUGCUGUCAUGCUGUUUCUUCACCCAAUGAAGAUGUUUUUACCUCUGAUCAUUAAGGCACAUUGUUGUACUGACAUUGCCACGCGCCGCUUCUUUUCUACAUUAGAAACUAAAGUGUUCUUGUUCUCCUUAUGCCUUCUCCAUAGCCAGUGCUGUCACAUGUACAGGUUUUUAUAUUUUGUCCCUUUACACUUAACGCUCUUCAAAAUGCCUCACAAACUCUAAAGGGUCUUCCUCUUGUUUCGUGUCCAGCACAGGGCAUCAGCAGCUGCAGUUUAUCUUAUCUGAAUUUUAAUUUUAGUUGGUCCACAAUUUUAAUUUUAGUCGUUUUCUUUCGAGUCAGAGCAGACGGGGGGAGGAAGACGCCCGAGGAUCCCGCAGACACCACGCGAAGAAGUGGCCUUCACGCAGCAGCGCAGCCAAUUGAAAGUGAGGAAGAGCUCGUUCUCUUCUGCUCAUUUUUAAGAAUGUGGUAUUUUCCCUGUUUGAGGUAGUGAAAGCUGGUUCGUGGAGUAAUUCUGAUCGUCCGUAUGGAUCUCACGCGAUCUUUUCUCUGCGUACUUGAUAUGAAAAGGAAAAAGAAAACCAAACCCGAAUCAGACUGAAGUGCCUCCUUGUUAGCAUGAUCUCCCAGACAAUACCCACACAGACAUCAGCACUUUGUUUAUUCUCUGACUGUCAUGCUCUGUUUGUUUCCACACACACACACACACACACACACACGGACUCGCACAGCUUGUCAGUAGGGAUGAUGAUGAGGAGGAGGAGGAGGAGGAGAUGUUGGAGAGAGAUUCUCCGCCUUGAUGUGAUGUACAGCAAAGUGCUGAGUGCAUGUGAAAACCAAACCCACUGUGUCCUUCAAGUCCCAAUAAACUCUGUGCUAUAGUUUGAGUA